AUGUCUACCACCACAUUUCACCAAGAAAUCCUGCCCCAGUUCUUUGGCGACCCAAUAAAAGUGUCGAUCACUUAUCCUUCGACACCACCAUCACCACUGGCAAGAAAUAAAGUCCCCAUCACCGUGUUUCUUAGCAAGACUGGAGGUAAUACCCCACUUGGGGCCUACGUUUAUUCUGUAUAUGACUUCAAGAAAAACCACCAAGUUUACACCACCACCCUCAACAGUUCGAACGAGGAUACUUUGGAUUUCACCAUCAGAUUAUCGAAACUCCUAUCGACAAGAUUCCAGUGUCCCAGCUAUGUCAGUGCCAGUGGACUCAUUUCCCUAGAAGAAUCAACGGCGUACAUCAAGCAAGUGAUGGAUUUGAUCAAGGAGAAAUAUGAUAUCAAAUAG